AUGGAGGAAUUAUUUAAAGCGGAUAUCUUAAUAACGCUUAGGGAGGAAUUAAUAUUAGUAGAGGUAAAAGUAGCGCCGAUUAUAGCGAAGCUUAUAUUUUAA